GUAUUUUGUAGGACGUAGUUUACCGUAUAUUCAGUGGAUUAUGUCUUAUUAUUCAUUGUCGAUAUACGAUCAUUUCGACUACAAUUCACCUUGAUAGAUAGACAGGCAAGUGAGACAGCAUAUAAACACACUCAACGCUUUGGAAUACAUAUUCUACACUUGAAUUCACUUAUCGUCAAUCAGAUUGUUUGGUAUACAAACAGUGUUUAGUAACAUUAUUGGCGUAUAUAUUACUGUAAUGGUUAUGAGCAAUGUUCAUCUCAAUAAAUACUGUUUCUUUCUUUAGAACAAAUGAAUGAAUGACGUUGUCUUGUUAAAGCAUAAUCACAUAUGUCUGUUACAUAAUUCUAAAAAUUGUAUAAAAGUAAACUGUGAUGAAGAAAUCAGUUAAUGAUAAAAAAUAUCUCGAUUCAGUUGAUCAUAUAAACUUUAGUCGGUUAGCUACAGAUCAACACUGUGAAGAAACCCAAGCAACUCUUACAAAAUCAUCUCAUGAAGUAAUGGAGUGUAAUAGAAAUCUACGCAGAGCACUGGAAUUUUUCGCUAUAGUUAUACUCAUAUUGACUUUAAUUGGAAUAAUAAUUCUUAUUAUUGUGUACGUUAUAAGUCUUAAUAUUCCAGAUAUGUUUUCCGUAGUAAUUGAUGCAGGAUCAACAUCUUCAAAACUUCAUCUAUAUAAAUGGACGGAUGAACCGUUUCGAUCAAAUGGAAAAGUUACAGAAGUGGCUAGUGAUAAAGUCUCUCCAGGAAUAUCAAAUUACGUUGAUGAUGCAACAGAAGCGUAUACAGCAAUGAAACCGAAAUUGGAUAAAUUAACAUCCAGUUUGUCUAAUAAACAGAAACAAAACACACCAGUGUAUUUAGCUGCAACGGCUGGUAUGCGAUUAAAGCUAAUUGAAGAUCCUUUAGGCAGUUUAGAUUUAUUUUCAGUAAUUCGGCAGUAUUUAUUACAUUCUGGGUUACAAAUCAAAACACCGAAUGAACGUAUACGGUUAUUGUAUGGGUCUGAAGAAGGUCUUUAUGGUUGGGUGUCCGUCAAUAAUAUUUUAGGUAAUAUACAAGAGGGGAAACGUACAUUACCUACUGAUACUGUUGGCUCUUUGGACCUUGGUGGAGCUAGUACGCAAAUAGCAUUUAUCCCCGAUUCUUAUCCUAAUGCUCCUAAGGAAUUAUUAGAUUUUUAUCCGCUUAGAUUAUAUGGAAAUGAUUUCUUGGUAUACAGUCAUAGCUUCUUAUGCUAUGGAAAAUCUGAAUUUCAAAGGCGUUUAAUGACUUCAAUAGCAGCCAGAUCAAAGAAAACGUUUGAAAUCCCUAAUCCUUGUCUUCUUCGAGGUUACAAAACGGAAAAGUAUAAUGCAAGUGAUUGGUUCACUGGAAGUUGCAUGACAGGCAAUUAUGUGACAAAAACAUUUCAUGACGAAAUCUUUCAACCCUCUUAUAUGAAAGAAUUUUCCUUCGAGGGUACAGGUGAACCUGACGAGUGUAUUCAACAUAUGGAAAGACAUUUUAAAAAUGACUGUAAUUACUCCUUAUGUUCAUUUAACAACGUUUAUCAGCCACGUCCUUCAGGAAAGUUUUUAGCAUAUGCUGGAUUUUCAUACGUAAUGCACUAUCUAUUCCCUGAGAGGAAUACAGGACUCACUUUGUCAGAAGUCACUUCAGCAGUUAAGGAGUUUUGUCGAAAACCAUGGACAGAAGUAGCUAAAAUGACCGAAGAAAAUGAGUAUGAUUUUACUGGCAAAUAUUGUUUCGAUGGUUUAUACAUUGUAAUUCUGUUACAAAAGUAUGGCUUCACAACAGAUGAAUUAUGGAAAUCUAUCACAUUCAAUUCGAAGAUCAAUGGUAAAUCAGUCAGUUGGGCAUUGGGAUAUAUGCUAGAUCAGUCUGGUCAUCUUCCAAGUGAAAGUCCUAAAGUUUCAUUAAGUACAAAACUAUUUAUUGUCUUAUUUAUUUUAUUAAUAUCAUUAUUUAUUGGAUCUGUUAUUGGAUUACUGUUAACAAGAUUUUGUGUGACACAAUCGAAAAAGUCAGCUAGCCAGAUAUAGUGUAACAACUGCACAAGAGAGAAGGAGUAUAUGAGAACACACAUGAAAAUUUAUUUUCCCCUUUCUUUUUUUUCAAGAAAAAAGAAGAAUAUUCAGUUUGUUAAAACAUUUAUUUUGUACAGCAAUACUGUUGAAUGUUCACUAUCACUAAGGUACUAAGCAAUACAUUUGAACAGACAGAUAAGAAAGUUAAAACAUAUGACAAAUAAGUAAGUGAGGAAUAGAUGAGAAGAUGUGAUCAUUUCCUCAGAUUUCACACACCUCUUUACUCUAUUUACUAUAUGCUGUAAUGAAUACACACUAAUAUUCCUUUCUUUUUGACUAUUUUUAUAUACACUCGUGUGCUUGAGUUAUAUAGUGAGAAUAAAUAAAGGUAAUGAACCUGAAAUUAAAAUAAAUUGGUUUUUGUUCUAGGAUGUUUUUAUCUAUUCAUAUUAUCCUUAGCAUUCACAAUGAUGCGUUUUUGUUGUUUUAUUAACUGACUUUCAUCUUUAUAAAGACUAUUGUGUGUCAGUAAAUUAAUCGCAAUUGUGUAUUUAAUUAAUUCAAUGUUUUAUUUUGCUGUAUCUAUCUUCUCUGUUUAUUGCUAUUUUAUUUGUGUUCUCUUUGUUUUUUUUAAUUCCCCUCUCUUCGACUGAUUGUUGAUAAUAAAUGUUAUAACUUUGUAUUAUUUUACCCAAAUAGUGUAAUGUAACUACGACGAUUAAACUUAUUCCUACUACUUAUAUUUUUCAUUCGUCUGAAAUGUACAAAUGAAUACACAGAAGUGUGCGAAAUUUACAAUAUAAAAUAAUUUCGUUUCCGUUUACCAACACUGCACUAGUUUUAUUAAAUUACGUAAUUGGGACAGAAGAUGGAUGUGUUAGUCCAUUCUUCAUUUAAAAGGAUAAUGGACUGAAAGAUUUGUUAGUAUUACCUCCAUACGCAUAGUUUCUUCACUGAUAUCGAAUGUUUAAUUAAUAAAUUUCAUUUAUUGACUGUUAUGUGACCACCACUUAACAUAUACUCGCUUUUAGGAUAUAGUUAGCUG